AUGGCGCAGUGGGAGGAUUUCAAUCACAUUUUUAGCUUCAACAAGAAAUAUUCAUAUGAUGCCAAAGUGGUCGAUCAGAUCCUCUCCAAUCGCAAGGCGCUAGGGAACCAGCUCUUUGCCGAUCGGUUGCUAGGCCUGGCAGGCAUCAAAGGAGUGACCAAGGUCUAUCCACCGAAGACUAAUGCCGACCUUCGCUCGCUCAUCGAGCACAUUGUCUCUUCCGAGCUGGAUAUCCAUCACAAGCAGGCCUUGAUUUAUUACAUCCUCAAAGAUUGUCGCAGUGCGCCAGAUACUGCGUCCCAGUUUGCGCAAGAAUGUCAUUUGCCUGAGAAAUAUCGACUAUUUAUUGAGGGAUUGUGGAAUAUGGAUCGCCUCGAGUUCAGGCGCGCAAUCGAAUUCCUCGCCGAGCCAUCCCUCAUUCCUACCUUCCCCGAUGAGAUCCUCUUCGCCCUGACUCUGUCUCAGCUUCCGAAGCACGACGACAGUCUCGCCAUCGCCUACUAUCUCACCGCCGCUCCGCCUCUGGCUACUAAGAAGGUCCAACAAGCUUUCUUUGAGACGCUGUGCCGAUCCAACGUGACCGAGGCAUUUUACUUCACCCGUAAAUACGACGAUCACCAACGCCGCAGUUAUUUGGAACAGCUAGUUGAGUUUGUGCACAAAACUCCGGCGGGCCAAACGCGAAGCAAACGUGCUAUGGAGCUCGUCGGGCUGCCAUUGAGCGAGGAUGAGGAAGGGUGGUUUGAGGAUGCCUUGCUGCGUGGAGGUGCCAGCUCCUUCCCGGGAGCUAAAGAUACAGUGAUGAUGCGGCGCCUGGCAACUGGGCAGAUGGAUGAGCUCGGGCCUGAGCUGGAGUCACUCGGCGGCAAGAAGGUGGACGGGCUGAACUGGGAUACUCUGCGGGAGAGCAUGCGCCACACACAAAGCAUAUACCCAUCCUAG